AUGGAGGGAUUCGACCUGCCCAUGAGCUUUGGCAAGAAGACCAAAAAGGCGCCCAACAACCUCGGCGCCAAGCUUGCGCAGACUCAGCGUGACGAGCGCAAGCCACUCCCUGCGCCGCGCCAGGUGCCCAAGACUGCUACUGCGCCAGAACAGCCCGAUGCGGGGCCUUCCAAGCCGCAGCCCGCUGCUGCUGCUGCUGCUGCCGCAGCUGAUGACUCGGACUCGGAGGUUGGCCCCGCGCCGCCCAAGCGCAAGGCCGAGGCCGAUCCCGCCGCCAGCGACGACGACUUUAGCGACUUUGAGGACGCCGAGGAGGAGGACCGGACGCCCGUGACGCAUGAGAUUGUGCUCAAGGACCACACCAAGCCUGUGUCGGCGAUCGCGGUUGAACCGUCUGGCGCGCGCGUCGCCACUGGCUCGCACGACUAUGACUGCAAGCUGUGGGAUUUCGGCGGCAUGGACUCGCGGUUGCGGCCGUUCAAGUCGUUUGAGCCGAACGGGACGUACUUUAUCCACGACCUCAGCUACAGUCCCGAUGGCAAGCACCUGCUCGCCAUCAGCGGCACGUUUUACCCGAAAGUGUUCAGCAGGGCGGGCGACGACGAGAUUGAGUUUAUGAAGGGAGACGUGUAUCUGCGUGAUAUGAAGAACACCAAGGGCCACACUGCCGAGAUCAACUCUGGCGCCUGGCACCCGACCGACAACAAACUCUUCCUCACGGCUGCCAACGACUCGACGCUGCGGAUCUGGGACGUGACCAACCGCUCCAAGCAGAAGAGCGUCAUCAUCGUCCGGUCCAAGGAAAAGGGCAACCGGACACACGUCAAUGCGUGUGCUUGGAGCCCCGACGGAAAGUUGAUUGCCGGCGCAUGCCUCGAUGGCGCACUGCAUAUCUGGAGGUCGAGCUCCAACCUCGCUCGGCCGGAUAAGAGCAACGAGAGCGCACACGCAAAGGGCACCGAGACGACCGGUGUGGCCUUUUCGCCCGACGGUACCCGCCUCGUGUCGCGUGGACAGGACGAGACGGUGAAGCUGUGGGACGUCAAGAACCUCAGGCAGCCGCUCGCCGAGGCCAAGGGUAUCGCUAACCGCUACUCGGAGACUGGCAUUACGUUUUCGCCCGAUGGCAAGUGGGUGCUGGUGGGCACGGCCGUCGACCCGCGGGAUCCCGAGGCCGUGGGCGAGAUUCUCUUCCUGAGCGCCGAGGACCUGAGUGUGCAGCGCCGCGUCCCCAUCGCAAAGGGUGCGUCCGUCGUGCGCGUGCUGUGGCACUCGAGGAUCAACCAGAUCUUUGCCUCGCUGUCCAACGGCGCCGUCUACGUGCUCUACUCGCCCCACUCGUCGAUCCACGGCGCCCUCCUCCCGCUCGCCAAGAUGCCACGCACCACCCCGAGGGACGUGUCGUACACCACCGCCGACCUCAAGACGGUCGUGUACACUCCCGAUGCGCUGCCCAUGUUCGCCGACGUCAAGUAUGGCCAGAGCCUGCAUCAGCAGGAGAAGCGUGCCAAAAAGUUCAAGCCCACAGCGCCGCUCGCCGGAGCAGGCAAGGGCGGACGCAUCGGUGCCAGUGCCACUGCGAGCCUUGUGCAGGAAAUCUUUGCGAGCGGCAACCGCAUUGGUCUCGAAGACCCUCGCGAAGCGCUUCUCAAGUACGCGACCGAGGAGGAGCAGAAGGAGCGGAUAAAGUACAUGUCCAAGGAGGACUGA